AUGGCAGAAGAAUACAAGCCAAAGUUUGAGACUUUGCAGCUCCACGCUGGUCAGGAGCCGGACCCAGCCACCAAUGCUCGAGCCGUCCCAAUCUACGCCACGACAUCAUACGUCUUCAAUGAUUCUGCCCAUGGCGCACGUCUGUUCGCCCUCCAGGAGUUUGGAAACAUCUAUUCUAGAAUCAUGAACCCCACAGUUGAUGUUUUCGAGAAGAGAAUCGCUGCUCUUGAGGGUGGUGUUGCUGCUGUUGCGGCAUCCAGCGGUCAAUCCGCCCAGGCUAUGGCUAUCUUUGCCUUGGCCCACGCCGGUGACAACAUUGUCGCCACAUCCUUCCUCUACGGCGGAACCUACAAUCAAUUCAAGGUCCUCUUCCCAAGAUUAGGAAUCAACGUCAAGUUUGUCGACGGAGAUAAGCCAGAGGACAUCAAGGCCGCCAUUGAUAGCAAGACCAAGGCCGUAUACAUCGAGUCCAUCGGAAACCCGAAAUACAAUAUUCCGGAUAUCCAGGCCAUUGCUGAUAUCGCCCAUGCUGCUGGAAUCCCACUCGUCGUCGACAAUACCUUCGGUGCUGGUGGUUACUUGAUCAGGCCAAUUGAGCACGGUGCCGAUAUCGUUGUUCACUCUGCCACAAAAUGGAUUGGCGGACACGGAAACACAAUCGCUGGUGUCAUCGUUGACUCCGGAAAGUUCGACUGGGGCAAGAACUACGACCGAUUCCCACAAUUCACCGACCCCGCACCUGGUUACCACGGCCUUAACUUCUGGAAGACCUUCGGCCCAAUCUCUUAUGCCAUCAGAGUCAGAGUCGAUGUUCUCCGUGAUCUUGGAUCCGCAUUGAACCCAUUCGGUGCCUUCUUGUUGAUCACUGGUCUUGAGACCCUUUCUCUCCGUGUCGAAAGACACUGCAGCAAUGCGCUUGCGCUUGCUAAGUGGCUCGAGAAGCACGAAUCUGUUGCCUGGGUUUCGUAUGUCGGUCUCGAAAGCCACCCAUCCCACGCAUUGGCCAAGAAAUACCUCGACCCAUCCCGAGGAUACGGUGGUGUCCUUUCGUUCGGUAUCAAGGGAGGAGAAGACGCUGGUCGUAUUCUCGUCGAUAACCUUAAGCUCGCAUCAAACCUUGCCAAUGUUGGAGACGCUAAGACCCUCGUCAUCAGCCCUACCGCUACUACACAUACCCAGUUGACCAAGGAAGAGCAAAUUGCCUCCGGUGUCACUCCUGAUCUCAUCAGAGUCAGCGUCGGUAUCGAGCAUAUUGAUGAUAUCAUCCACGAUUUCGAGCAAGCAUUCGCUAAGUCCGGAACCCCAAGCACUGGUGGCGAUGCUUCUGCUGCCGCUGUUGUUGGUGAAGUUGAGAAGGCUGUUGCUGGUUUGACGGUUUAA